UGUGCUACACUACUGAAAAGAGAGAGGGAACUGAAUAAGUGUGCGACAGUAACCUUUUUACCGGUGUAUUCGUUAGUCUCUCCGGUUGUCACUAAUAGUGUGCUUACCACAGAUAUUGCAACCACAACACACCGGUAUACUUUCUGUCUACCGGAAUAACUACAGUGUGUAUCCAAAUGUCCAACUUCAACUGGAAACCUUUCGUUUUCGGUGGUCUGGCAUCCGUCACUGCAGAAUGCGGUACAUUUCCUAUAGAUUUGACCAAGACGCGGCUGCAAGUUCAAGGCCAAGUGGGCGACAGCAAGUACAGAGAGAUUCGAUACCGGGGAAUGUUGCACGCCAUCGGCAGAAUAUGCAGAGAGGAGGGAAUAAGUGCACUUUAUUCAGGUCUCGCCCCUGCAAUGUUGCGCCAGGCAUCCUAUGGGACCAUAAAGAUUGGCACAUACCAGAGCUUCAAAAGACUACUGGUGGACAGGCCAGAAGAUGAGACGUUGUUGACCAACGUCCUGUGUGGUGUUCUGUCUGGAGUCAUCUCCUCGUCCAUCGCCAACCCAACGGACGUACUGAAGAUCCGUAUGCAGGCUCAGGGCAGUGUGAUCCAGGGAAGCAUGAUGGGAAACUUCAUCAACAUCUACCAACAGGAAGGAACCAGGGGGCUGUGGAAGGGUGUGUCUCUGACAGCGCAGAGAGCAGCCAUCGUAGUGGGGGUGGAGCUUCCUGCCUAUGACCUCGCAAAGAAACACCUGAUUAUGGAUUGUCACAUGGGUGACAACAUUUACACACACUUCUUGUCCAGUUUUGCGUGUGGUCUGGCGGGGGCUCUGGCCUCUAACCCCAUAGACGUGGUCCGCACACGGAUGAUGAACCAGACAUACGGAGCUGUCACCUACCAGGGAACACUGGACUGCUUACUUCAGACGUCGCGGUCUGAGGGCUUCAUGGCACUCUACAAAGGAUUUUUCCCCAACUGGCUCCGUCUCGGCCCAUGGAACAUCAUCUUCUUUGUUACCUACGAACAGCUGAAGAAGAUGGAGGUCUGAUGGAGAGAAUGAAAUGUAGCGCUGUGGAGAAGAGGAAAGAACUCGGCCAGAGAGGGGAAAGAAUGGACCAAAAGAGGGGUGGACGUAUCCUGUCUAGCCUCCCACUUCUUGUCUGGGUGGUGUUGACCACGCCCCCUCAGACACAUUUCUCCUUUCUGAUUGGCUGCUUACGUAAUGGAGCUCUGGUUGGUUGGGAAAGAGGAAGUGAAAGUUGCGGUCAAUUGCACCAUCAGAAAGCAAGGUGACGCGAAGACCAUAAUUUUGAACCUGGCCCUAAAUUAUGUAUUUAUUAUUACGUUUUGAAUCUGUCGAGCCUCAACCGCUGGUAUCAUAUAAACACACAAGACAUGGACAAAUGUGGGUUGUGAGUUGGGGGUUUGUUACUACGAUGAUAUAUUUCUAUUUAUCCGGACCUUUGCAACCGAGGAAAUUUAUAUGACCGGACCUUCUAAAAUAGUACUUGAGUACCCCUGAUGUACAGGAUCUCAAAUAAUGUAAAAAGCAGUCACUACUUACCUCAGAUUGUAUGGAUUUCAGAUGCCUUGGUGUGCGUUCUCUGGUUGCAAGAGGGACUGCCAAAAGAAGCUGUGGAAAAGACUGCUAACUUUGCCAUUUACUCAAGGACUGGCCACUUUCUGAAACCCUAGAUGUCUGUGCAGCCACUGGAAAGCUUCUAUUUGUUAUGAUGGUUGGCUGUGGGUUUGGAUUUUGUAUGUCAGAGUAUUUUCUAAUUAUAGAACUGGGUUGGUAGGACUUUUAAUGGGGCUAGUUGUAUAACCAGAUUAAGAUCAGAGGUCAGGUGACCACUAACUCUCUCCCACACACCCUUAAUCACACACACACACACACACACACAAUGGCACAUAGGUUAUUAAUGCCAGGGUGAAUUGGCUCAGUGUAUUGACUCACUCAGUCAUGUGGGCACCCUUAGAACAAACUUUCUUCAUUUCAGGAUGACCUGGCACAGUGUAUGAAUGACCUACACACAGUUAAUGGGGACGGUGUGUACGGACUAUUCUGGGUUCAUAUUAUUAAUACACUCUGGACAGCCUGAUUGGCACGCCGCCCCUUACGUCAUUUCAGGACCCCUAUCUCUGACACACACGCGGAGCCCCAGUUCUUACUCUGCCACAGCAGCAGAGACUCCAUAUUAUAUCCCCGUUCAGGUCGAGGUGUCCAAUCCAACCUAUUUAACCUUUCAUUUACAGGAUAUCUCUUAAACUUCCAGAGAGACCUGCCUGUAGUCUGACCUGGCCUAUGCAGUAACAGGGAAGUGAAUGUCAAGAGAGAUGGCUGUUGUAUAUUUAGCCAUUGCACCUGACUACCAAUGCCAUUCUGUGUGCUGGUGUUGUUGAUUUGCCAUUUUAUGAUCCCAAGACACAGAACAAAUGUACAUGUCAACUAACUGUUAAUCCUCUAUUACACUUUGUUCUUCACCAUUAUCAGUUAGAUCGUUUGAAGGUGAGCUUGCUAGUUUUUUCUUUUUUCUUGAGUUAAGGUUGAACCUCGGACUGUGUUCAUGUGACAAUAUGGUUAUUGUAUAUGGUUUGUUUAUAGCCCCCAAAGCCUUAAUUCCAAUGUGUCACUGUCAUAGCCCCUUAAACACUUAUGUUAUCCGUAUUUAAAGCAAGGCACACAUAAA